AAUAAAUUGAUCAUCAACUAAUGUCUUUCCAGGACGAAAAUGUGUUCAUACUUGCGACGAUGGCAUUUUUACCGUCGUGAUUUGGUUUAUGGACUCUCUGAAUAAAACGACUUUUAUUAAAGUCUCAAUGCAGCUGUAAACUUCUUGCUUGACAAACACCUCGAAAGUAAAGGCUGCUAUGAGCGGGGCUGUCGCUGCAUCGUAUCGCGACCCGCAUGGUCUCGUCGAGAGCGGAGAGGAGCCGCCGGGCUUGGAGAGUCUCUCUCUCGACUUCGGCCCCUACGAAAAAGUGCAUCGUUGGACCUGCAUGCCCGAAUGUGACGAGUUUGUGGGGGCGCGACGCAGCAAGCAUACGGUCGUCGCAUACAAGGAAGCCGUGUACGUCUUUGGUGGCGAUAAUGGCAAGUGGAUGCUCAAUGACUUGCUGCGUUUUGAUGUCCGGGAGAAGUCUUGGGGACGCGCCUUCUCAACCGGAUAUCCGCCCGCUCCGAGGUAUCACCACUCCGCUGUGGUGUACGGCUCCAGCAUGUUCGUGUUCGGAGGCUUCACGGGCGACAUUCACAGCAACAGCAACUUGCGUAACCAGAACGAUCUCUACGAGUACCGUUUCCAGACUGGCCAAUGGAGUCAAUGGCGCUACCUUGCAGGGCACCCCAACUCUGAGGGUGUUAGCGCCCCAGUGCCGCGCUCAGCUCACGGCGCCGCUGUAUAUGACGGCAAACUCUGGAUUUUCGCGGGCUACGAUGGGAACUUCCGCUUGAACGAUCUAUGGGCCAUUCCACUUAAUGGAGAGCCCCGCGUGUGGGAAGAAAUGCCCCAAACCGGCGAGGUGCCUCCAACGUGUUGCAACUUCCCCGUGGCCGUGGCACGGGAUCGUAUGUACGUCUUCAGCGGCAUGAGCGGCGCUAAAAUCACCAAUUCUCUCUACUACUUCACAUUCACUGAUAAAUGCUGGACGCGGAUCUGCACGGAGCAAGUGAUAUGCAGUGCGCCUCCUCCGCCCCAGCGGCGCUAUGGCCACACCAUGGUCGCCUUCAACCGACACCUCUACGUCUAUGGUGGAGCUGCUGACUCAACCCUACCCAACGACCUACACUGUUUUGACUUGGACAGUCAGACAUGGAGCGUGGUACAGCCAUCCUCCGACAGCGCGGUGCCCAGCGGUCGCCUCUUCCACGCUGCUGCCGUCGUAGGCGACGCAAUGUACGUCUUCGGUGGGACGGUCGACCUCAACGUGCGCAGCGGCCACAUGUACAGGUUCCAAUUCUCAAAGUACCCGAAGUGUACGCUGCAUGACGACUACCAGCGUCUGCUGACCACAGCGCAGCUCGCUGACGUUCACUUCUUGGUAUCAGACGUGGAUCCUUCACCAGGCCAGAGGCUCGAGAGUUUGGCAACGCCCACUCAUGAAGGCGACGAGACCGUCGUCAAAGCGCACGCCGUGUUCGUGGCAGCUCGCUCGCCUGUGCUCCGGGAGAAGAUACAGCUGGCCAUGAGAGAACGAACUGCGGCUCAGGAGCGACUAGGAAACGAUGUGCCGACCCCAACACUGGAUUCGAAAAAUCCCUUGAUCGUGCGUUUACCAGGAGCGAGAGCUGACGCCUUCAAGGUUGUACUUCGCUACAUAUAUACUGACCGCAUAGAGCCGCAACUGGAGCUCUCAGGUGGCGAGACAGGGGCGCACAAGACGUCAGCUGAUACCAAAGUAUUGCUCAUCAUGCGCGUGUACCGGCUCGCACUGCAGUGGUGCCUGCGGGGCCUAGAACAGCUGUGUAUGCAGUUCAUGGGCAACAGAAUCAACGAGCGCAAUGUUCUCCACGUGCUUUGUGACGCUCACACUACCUCCCUCACGCCCAUCAAGGAGUUCUGCUUGAAGUACAUCGUUAAAGAUCUGAACUGGAGAGCAGUGGUGAUGUCUCGUGAAUUUGAAGAGCUCGAAAAGUCUCUCAUGGUCGAGAUCAUUCGCCUCAAGCAGUCCCCGCCACCAGCCCAGCUCAGUGCCUCCCUUCGCCCACCCGACCCUCCGGCUGACCAGGGUGCCCCGGCCGCGGGUCAGCAAAUGCCGCGUUGCCUGCAAGAAGACCUGCUGGCUGUGGCGGAGCGCCGCGUGUGCGCAGAAUUUUGUGACGUGAGACUUCUAGUCGGCGACGUGGCCAUUCCUGCUCAUAAGGCCGUCUUGGCUGCACGAUGUUCUUACUUCGAAGCCAUGUUCCGCUCCUUCAUGCCCUCAGAUAAUACCGUCAAGCUGGCGAUAGGAGAGCUCGUGCCAUCAGUGCAGUCCUGCGAAUCGCUACUGCGCUACAUCUAUAGUGGUGCUACGGACAUGCCUCCCGAGCACUCAUUAUACCUUUUCGCCGCGCCCUAUUUCUAUGGUUUUACUAACAGUCGACUUCAGGCGUUCUGCAAGCAAAACUUGGAGAUGAACGUCACGUGCGAAAACGUCAUUCAAAUCUUGGAGGCAGCAGACCGAAUUCAAGCUCUCGACAUGAAAAAAUACGCGCUGAAUUUGCUGGUUCAUCACUACCCACGGGUUUUCUCAUCUGGUGGCUUACGAUCGCUAUCACGGGAAUUGUUGCUUGAUAUUCUGGAAGCAUUAGCGGUGCACCAAACUAUUACAUCGCAUUCUCCUUUGUCCACGUCCCGCCACGAUAUGUCUGCAUCACCUAACCUAACAACACACCAACUGGGCGGGGCAGCUAAUGCGACGCCUCCUCAAUCUGAACCCUAAUCAUCAUCCGGAAGAUCUAUCCUUGAAGAGUGGGCACCUACUGAUGCUGGUGAUCCGAUUGGUUAUCGAUGACUCAAUUAUUUGAAUUAUUUCGCUCGAACGCAAAUGAAUAUUCCUUGACAGAUGGCAAUGGAACAUGUGGUAGAAUAGUUAAGUUCAAAGUAAAAAUGGGUAAUGUUGGUAAUUACGUUGAUUUAGACUGAAAAUCAAGAGUUCUUGUUACUGCUGUAAAAUAAAGGUUUACUAA